GUCGAACGGACUGAUCCGUCAGUAGACGGCGAGCUGUGGAUGCGAACAGAAUGAAGACGCUUGCACUGGUGACCGGUUGUUUGUUGGCCUUGGCAUUCGCCAAAGCCGGUUCCUAUCAUGAGUUCGAAGUGUACAAUGUACGUCCGGAAACGGCUGAACAGCUGAUGGUGCUGCUAAAGUGGCGCACCACCGAGGUGGAUGUGGACUUUUGGGACACACCAAAGGUGGGACGUAAUGCACGCAUGAUGGUCACCCGGGAAGAUCACAAACGGGUGGAAGAAUUCCUCGAACAGCAUGAUAUCGAGUACGAUCUCGUUGCUGAGGAUGUGCAGGAAUUGUUGAAUCGAGAACAGCGUCGCAAUGUGGAACAGAACCGACGCUUGAAGCGUGAUUCGAAUUCACGUGCUACGGUAAACUUUGAACAUUUCUGGACAUUAGACGAGAUCUACGACUAUCUGGACGAGCUGGCAGUAGCAUACAAUGGGCUGGUGCGCGUAUCGGAGAUCGGAAGGACAUACGAAGAUCGCCCAAUCAAGGCCAUCACUAUCUCGACACGGGGCGCUAUCGAUCAGACCCGUCCCAUUGUGUUUAUGGAUGGAGGUAUUCAUGCCAGAGAAUGGGCCGGCGUCAUGUCGGUGCUGUACAUGAUCCACGAGUAUGUGGAACAUUCGGAAGAGUACGCAGAUCAGCUGUCAAAUACGGACUACGUCAUUGUGCCGGUAGCCAACCCGGAUGGGUAUGUGUAUACGCACGAGGAGAACCGACUGUGGCGCAAGAACCGUUCCCCGGGCAAUGUGCUUUGCUACGGUGUCGAUCUGAACCGUAACUUCCCGUACAUGUGGGAUCGGACAACGACCGAAUGUACGAACAAUUUUGCUGGCCGUACGGCUUCGUCCGAAAACGAAACCAAAGCCAUUAUCGCACUGAUGGACCAGUACAAGGCGGCGAUUCGAAUGUAUCUGGCCGUGCACACGUACGGUGAGAUGAUACUGUGGCCGUGGGGUUAUGAUUUUCUGCACGCACCGAAUGCGGCCGAACUGCAGCGUUUGGGUGAGCAGGCACGUGAUGCACUGGUGGCGGCAGAUGGGCCAGAGUAUGAGGUUGGCAAUUCGGCGGACAUUCUCUAUACGGCUACCGGUGCUACGGAUGAUUAUGCGUACAAUCUGGGCGUACCGUACGCUUACACGAUCGAGCUAACCGGUGGUGGUUCGCAAGGAUUCGAUCUGCCAGCCAGCGAUCUUGCACGCGUCACGUCACAAACGUUCGAACUGUUGAAGGUGUUUGGACAGCAUGCCGGCACACUGUCGUUGACUUCGUAAGCCGUAUCAGCAUCGUCGCUCGCUAAUCAGCAGCCGAUUGAUUGUUGAUCGAUUAUCGCUUGUAACAGCCGCUAUUGCAUUCAGUAGGACAAUAAAGCAGUAAUGGUACAGCA